UUUUUUUUUACUCUCUGCAGUUUGAAAUGCCACCAAGAAUCAGUCCUCUCAAAGAUGCCUGUCACCAUGUCGGUUUAAAGACUGACAAGACAUGGAAACUGGAUGUGAAGUACAUCAAUUCAGUAAAAGGACGUGGGGUUUUUGCCCUUGGUUCAUUCUGCAAAGGAGAUUUUAUAGUGGAAUACAGGGGAGAUUUGAUUAGUGAUGCUGAAGCCCAAAGGAGGAGAGAAAUUUAUCACCCCUCAUGUUUUGGAUUUUUGUUCGCGUUCAAGUGGAGAGGCAAAACAUGGUGCAUCGAUGCCUCCAGAGAAGAUGGUUCUUUUGGCCGCUUGGUAAACGAUGACCACAGACAUCCCAACUGCAGGAUGAAGAGAAUUGACGUUGCAGGAAGUACACACCUAUGUCUUUUUGCGAUAAAAGACAUAAAAGAAGGUGAAGAAAUUACAUAUAACUAUGGAGGAGAGGACUGCCCAUGGCGAAAGCAGAUGACUACAUGUGAAACUGAUACGCCCUGUGUGAGCUCCCGGCCUGUGCUGAUGUCAGAGCCCCAGAUGAAUGAAGCGGCCAGUUCAGAGGACACUGAUCCACAGAUGACUACAUGUGAAACUGAUACGCCCUGUGUGAGCUCCCGGCCUGUGCUGAUGUCAGAGCCCCAGAUGAAUGAAGCGGCCAGUUCAGAGGACACUGAUCCACAGGUAAUUAAUGUGCAUCACUUUAAUUUAGCUCUAGAGUCUUCAAGUCACUUUUGA